AUGGCGGCUGAAGCCGGGUCUGUAGCAUCCGUAGCAUCAGCCCCGAUGAGUCGCAGUGAUGUCCCUGUUUUUCCUUCGGUGGCCCUGUCGGCGGAGGCCGCCCCGUUCGUUCCGCUCGGGACGGACGGUUGGCAGCUCGGCUCAUCGUCGGACGCCGAGAAACAGUUCUCCCGCUGCUCCGCAAAGCUCCGAGCACUGCGGGGAGACUCGGGCCAGCUGAGAGAAGAUCUCAACUUGCUGUUUGACCAGCUUCUGUCCGAAAACUACAACAAAACCUUCGACCCGAGUAUUAACAUCCGACCAGAGGAUGUUUGCAGCCUGCUGAAACACGCCAGCGGUCUGGUGCCACUGAAUCAAGAACAUUUAGUCAUCAAAUUCUGCCAGCUGGUGCAUCAUCUACUUAACCAGCUAAAGGUAAUAAUGGAUGAAUACACAUUGGAUAUUCUGGUAAAAUAUACUACCAGUGCAUUAAAAGUGUGCAGUACGUGGACACACUCAGAUGUCCUCUUAGCCCUCUCCACAAUAGUGUAUGGAAAUGGACCUCAGUGUCACCAGCACCUCAGCAAUUUGUUACGUGAAGAUGGAGUCCUGCUGCAGUAUAGUUCCCCAUCUCAGCCAAAUAUGGAACUACGCCGUGUUGCUCUUACCUGUAUGGCCAACAUUUGUCUAAGGAUCCCUGGUCAGCCACCUUUGGAUGAUCAGUUCAGAAAUGUAUCUUUUAGUGUCUUCGUGAAAACGCUGCAGUCACCCAAACCUUCAGACACCGAUGAACUUUUCUACUGCAUGGUGAUCCAAGCAGCACUAAAGGGACUUCAGUGUUGCCUUUCAGGUGGAAAGUGGAAAUUUGGUGGAGGAGAAGAGCUCGGAUCUGUUCUAGCUUUGCUAAAGAGGCUAAUGUUCCAGGGAGCUCCAGGUGUCAGUGUCGAGUGGCCCGCUGUGCUUUACCCAGCAACUCUUCCUCAGUACGAGGGCCUUCCUGCACCCAAACCUUCUGAACCUAAAAAACCUACUGAAACACCAAAGGACACCACUGUGCCAGGCAAAACCUCAGGGAAUAAAAAGAGAAAAUCCAGAGGAAAAGGAAAGAAGACGAGCACAGAGGAGAGCCGAGGGGAGGAUGGAGAAGAGGAUGAUAAAGUGUCUGCUCCUCAAAAAGGUGGAGGAAGAGAGGGAGGCAGAGUCGAUGCAGAAUCCUUAUCAAAACCCUCUGCCCUGUCUCUGUACCCAUCCUGGAAGAAAAACAGUUCUGAAUCUGAGUUUUCUGACCCAGAGGGCAGUGCACAGAGCAAACUAAGACUUUACCAUGCUCGUGUGCGUCAGGGAGCUCUGCAUUGUCUGUUAGCGGUGGUAAAAAGCAUUGAAAAGAGGACACUGUAUGGUUUCUGGUCCUCCUUCCUCCCAGACUCUCCCAUUGGGGGGCCGCCGCCUCUCACUCUGCUCACAAUCAUUCUGAAGGACCCCUCACCAAAAGUGCGGGCAUGUGCACUCCAGGUGUUGUCGGCCAUGUUGGACGGCUCCAGACAGUUCCUGGCUGUGGCUGAAGAUACAGCGUCUCCUCGUACAUCCUACACACCUUUCUCCUUCUCACUGGCCACUGCUGUCAGAGAGCUGCAUCGAGCUCUCAGUUUGGCGCUGCUGGCUGAAACUUCCCCUCAGACGCUCACACAGGUCAUAAAGUGUCUUGCCUACCUAGUUGCAAAUGCUCCAUACCACCGUCUCAGACCUGGUCUACUCAGCCCGCUGUGGAAACAGAUGCGUCCUUAUGUGCGCCAUAGAGAUGCCAACGUUCGUGUGUCAGUCCUCACGCUCUACGGGGCUCUGGUGACAACUCAGGCCCCUCUCCCUGAGGUGCAGCUUCUGCUUCGACAGCCAGAGGGCAGCAGCAGCAGCACUGGCUUAAUCACGCCACAGGACUCGGCUCUCAGCUGGAGGCAAAGAGAUGGAGUGUCCUCCCCGUCACGCACACCAGCCGCACUCUCCCAGCGGGGUUCGUGCACACACUCACCCCGGGUUCCACACACGCCAGGGGAAGAGGACAGUGCUCCCCCAUGGCUGUUACAACUGUGUGUGUCGCUGGUGACUCAGCCCAGGGAGGACCAAUCAGACAGCGAGGGAGCAGGAUCAGGAGGAGGCGUUUGUUUAGAGCCCUCUCCUGUCCGUUUAGAGGCUCUACAGGUCAUGUCCCAUCUGGUGAGGGGUUACUUCUCUUUGGUGCAGACGUGUCUCUGUGAGAUUGGGCAGGUGAGCGCUCGCUGCCUCAGGGAGUCAGACCCCUCCGUACAGCUGCAUGGAACAAAGCUACUGGAGGAGUUAGGUACAGGAAUAAUCCAGCAGUACAGGGCAGAAAACAACGUGCCAGAGAGCUCAAGAGUCCCCAUGAGUCAAGUGGUGCUGUUUUGGUCUGAAGUCUUAAGUGGUCCCCUAAAUGCAGCCCUGCAGAACGAACAACACCCCACCCUGCAGACGAGUGCCUGCGAGACGCUCUCUUCCAUCCUGCCGCAGGCCUUUGCACAGCUGCCUGAGAAGACCCAGCUGAUGUGCAUCACCGUGCUGCUGGGCCUGACCUACAGUGAGAACUAUCUGGUGAAGACUGCAGCUGUCAGAGCUUUAGGAGUCUACAUACUGUUUCCCUGUCUGAGAGAGGAUGUGAUGUUUGUGGCGGAUACAGCAAACACCAUCCUCGCUGCCCUGGAGGAUCGAUCUCCAAACGUCCGUGCUAAGGCAGCCUGGUCCCUCGGCAACCUCACAGACACUCUUAUUGUUAAUAUGGAAAGUGUAGGUGUGGACUUCCAAGAGGAAUUAUCAGACAUGCUGCUGCUUAAGAUGCUUCAGGCAGCCACCCGGGCAUCAGACGACAAAGACAGGGUAAAGUCAAACGCAGUGCGAGCACUUGGAAAUCUGCUUCAUUUUCUGCGUCAGAGUCAGCUGACGCGGUCUGCGUUUCAGCGCCCGCUGGAAGACGCAGUUCGUGCUCUGGUGAAAACUGUCCAAUCAGAAGCAACCAUGAAGGUCAGAUGGAAUGCCUGCUGUGCUUUAGGAAAUGCCUUCAGGAACCCCUCACUACCGCUGGACUCGGCCUCUUGGUCUCGUGAUGCUUUCUCUGCCCUUUGCCAUGUCGUCACUUCCUGUAAGAACUUUAAAGUGCGCAUCAAAUCUGCUGCUGCCCUGUCAGUCCCCGCUCGUCGGAGUUGCUACGGGGACACAAAGCGGUUCAGCUGUGUGUGGCAUUCCCUGGCUACAGCACUGGAGAACAGCGAGGACACAAACGACUUCUUGGAGUAUCGCUACAGCGCCAGUCUGCGGCACACGCUCUCACAAGCUCUGCUGCACCUGCUCAGCCUCAGCCAGCCACAGGAUAUGCCGACAUUAGGGACGUCACUGGCUGGGGAUGAGGGGAGGGGCAUCAAAGAACAUUUGAUAAAGUAUGUCAGGGCAGAGGAAGGAAGCAGUGGAGGAGGUGGAGGAGUUGGGGAGGAGGAACAAGGAGAGAAGGAAACAGGAGGGGACAGUUUUACUCCUCAGCAGAGAGUUGGAGGUGUGCAGCAGACUCUGAUCAGACUGAAAGAGCUGAAGUUUGAAGGAGAGGAGGAGAGAGGUAAAGAGGAGGUAGUUCUUUUCCUCGAGGAUUUGCUGAAGACUUUUGAAGAACCUUAAAAUGUAUAAUUUCCUUCUGCUGCAAUGAGGGCAAGUCUUUAAAGAUACACUCAUGUAGUCAGGACUGGGACAUCAGACAUGCCCAUAGUGGACUGUAAUAACCUUUUUUCCUCUCUAUAAGCUUUGCACACAAUAAUAAUUACCUUUUUCUUAUUGAAAAUACUAAAAUAAAUAUUUUAGUUAAGGUUAAUUUAGAUAGUUAUAUCUCGUUGAAAUGGUAUGGUAUGUUUUUUAAUUAAAAUUAUGUCAAAAUGCCAUAACUGCAACAUUUGAGGGCCUUAUGUUCCUUUAGUUGUCAGACAAGCUAAGUUGAAGGGAGUCUAUGCCAUACCUUCAGCAAUGGACUGAUCAAUAACCUGCCCAGUUGUUUGGUCAAAUAACUUCUUUGAGUCAUAACUAAAUUCACGGAAGUUUGAGAAAUUUCUGGAUACUGAGAGCCUCCAAGAGUCUGACCAUAAGGAGACUUAGCCUGUGGAAAGAUUUCUCUGCUUAACACCAGUGAACAUUUGACUGAUGUGCUGAAAAAACGCUACUUGCAUACCUAGAAUGCAAAAUGGAGAAGAAACUCUAGGAGGCCACAUCUGGUUCAUGUACAGGUGUAUCUCAAAAAAUUAGAAUAUCAGAAUAAAGGUCCUUUUUUCUGUGAUUUAAUCAGAAAGUUACAUUUCUAUCAUCAUAGAUUCAAUCAAAGCGAGACAUUUCUGAACUUUAUAAAAUCUUGAUGAUAACAGCUCAUGAAAAUAAAAAAUGCUAAAAAUAUUUAAAGAUUGUGUAAAAGUCAAAUUUGCAAAGGUUUCCUGAGCCUUUAUUCUCUCGCUCUGAUUCAGUACACGCAACCACCAUCAUGGGGAAGACUGCUGACUUGACAAAUGUCCAGAAGACAAUCAUUGUCCUCCUUCACAAGGAGGGUAAGCCACAGAAGGUCACUCCUGAAGGGGCAGGCUGUUCUCAGAGGCUGUUUUGAAACAAAUUCAUGGAAAGUUGACUGGAAGGGAAAAGUGUGGUAAGAAAAGGUGUGCAAGCAACAAGGAUGAGCUCAGCCUUCAGAACAGACAGAGCAGAUUCAAGGACUUACGGGAGGGUCACAAGAAGUGGACUGAAGCUGAGUCAGUUGACCAAGAGCCACUACACUCGGAUCGGUCCAGGAAAUGGACUACAAGUGUCGUGUUCUUAGUGUCAAGCCACUCCUAAACCACAGAACUGGACCAUUGCUCAGUGGUCCAAAGUCCUGUCUUCAGAUGAAAAUUAAUUUUGCAUUUCAUUUGGAAAUCAAGGUCCCUGGGUCUGAGGAGGAUCUGGGAGCACGGAAUCCAAGGUGCUUGAAAGUCAGUGUUCUCAGUUUCCACAGUCAGUGAUUGUUUGGGGUGCCAUGUCAUCUGCUACAUGCCACAUCACAUUGAUGCAGUACUUUGUGCUAAAUGAGCUCCAGUGAAGUACUGAGUGCAUAAAUGAGCAUAAUUUCCUGGAGGUCAACAUUGACGUGUACAUUUCAAGCACUGGUAUUAAUCCAUCAACCUUUCUGAUUGAUUAUGAGCCAACCAACAAUUUCAGUCAUCACUAUUUGACAAUUCAAUGAUAAUACAUUGUUCACAUUAAAAGGUGUUGAUGUUUAACAUCUCUUUAGUACAGGGGUGUCCAAACUAUGGACCGGGGGUCAAAUGUGGCCCCUGGUCCAAUUUUGAUUGGCCCGCUACCAUGCUAAUAUUGUAAACAAACAUCUCAGCAGGAAGUAUUAAUUGAUGUUUUUCUGUGACUGAACUGUACAUGGUAAAAAUAUUGGCAAUCAAAAUGAUAAUAUCUUGUUUUAUACCUCCCCGAUGAGUUUCAGCAGCAAAUAGCAGUACCAAUAAUAUCCCAGGGGCAGAGCCAGUGGCAGCCAGGACGAAACAGGACCCCUUGAAAUCCGACUGCUACCCCCCAAAACCUGGAAAUGAUUGUCUAUUUGCCUUGUCAGCCAUUAAAUCAAACAUUUAGCGUUAGUUCAGACAGGCCACAAAGUCAAGCUCUGCCCCAGUCAGCUGAUAGAGCGGAGGCCCUCAUUAGCUGACUACCAGCUGAUUCACUCUAAGCACGCUAUUGGCCAAUCGCUCUCAUUGCUGCCUUAUUUCUGUAUGUGGCCCUCAGUGGAAAAAGUUUGGACACACCUGCUUUAGUAUGAUCCUUCUUGGGUAGACCAUCAAUUUUGAACACUAAGGUAAAUGAAGAGUGUGAAAGUAACCAUCUCCAUCUACCCUUGGAUUCUAUCCCUUUCUCUCCUGUAACAUGGAAAUAAUCAAAUACACAAACUCUCUUCUCUGCAUCUCUUAUCUAUCUGUUUCAGUUUUUGUAACAAGAUGUACACGGCACUGUUGAAGUACUUCUUAAUUUAUGCACUUUCCCCACUCUGGGAUUAAU